AUGGACGUCGUUGUUCGAAAACGGUUCGCCGAGGUCGGCAUCAAACCCUCUGGGGCCGCCGAUAUCGUGUCGGCUGCCGAGUUGGUCGAUAUCGUGUCGGCUGCCGCGAUGGUCGAUAUCGUGUCGGUUGCCGCGGCGGUCGGUAUAGGGUCGGUUGCCGCGGCGGUCGAUAUCUUGUCGGUUGCCGCGGCGGUCGAUAUCGUGUCGCUUGCCGCGGCGGUCGGUAUAGGGUCGGUUGCCGCGGCGGUCGGUAUAGGGUCCGCUGCGUCGGUCGAUACCGCGUCGUCGACCACCGGCGAUCGUUGUGUCGGCCAUCACCGUCGUACCCAACUUCGUCAGUGCACGAAAUGCGCACACGUGGAAAACGGGCCUCGGAAGUACGUAGAGCAACACAUAAACACAGUAUUGGCUAUUGCAUUAAACAAUAAACAAUAG